UGUAGACAGUAGAAACGGGUUCAGGCGUGGGGCAGGAGAACUGGGAGCGAUGGCUCGCGGCGGCCGCAGGGGUAGAUAAAAAGCCAUCGCGCCGCAGGUGUGGGAGGGAGGGUAGGACAGCCUGGCGCCACGAGAGUAUGACGGGGCUGUACGAGCUGGUGUGGCGGGUGCUGCACGCUUUGCUCUGCCUGCACCGCACGCUCACCUACUGGCUCCGCGUUCGGUUCGGCACCUGGAACUGGAUCUGGCGGCGCUGCUGCCGCGCCGCCUCCGCCGCGGUCCUAGCGCCGCUCGUCUUCACUCUUCGCAAGCCCCCGGCAGUAGGCAGGAACCGCCGUCAGCACCGGCACCCGCGAGGGGGGCCGGGCCUGGGCGCAACCCACCCCCGGCUGCGCUGGCGGGCGGACGGCCGUUCCCUGAAGAAGCUCCCUGUGCACAUGGGCCUGGUGAUCACCGAGGAAGAGCAGGAGACCAGCUUUUCGGACAUCGCAAGCCUCGUGGUGUGGUGCAUGGCCGUGGGCAUCUCGUACAUUAGUGUCUACGACCACCAAGGUAUUUUCAAAAGAAAUAACUCCAGAUUGAUGGAUGAAAUUUUAAAACAACAGCAGGAACUUCUGGGCUUAGAUUGUUCCAAAUACUCGACAGAGUUUGCAAAUAGUAAUGACAAAGAUGAUCAAGUUUUAAAUUGCCAGUCGGCAGUGAAGGUCCUGUCCCCAGAAGAUGGAAAAGCAGAUAUUGUACGAGCUGCUCAGGAAUUUUGCCAAUUAGUAGCCCAGCAGCAAAAGAAAUCCACAGAUUUGGAUGUACAUAUGUUAGACAGUUUACUUAGUUCAAAUUGUUUUCCUGAUCCUGAUGUAGUAUUGAAGUUUGGGCCUGUGGACAGCACACUAGGCUUUCUUCCCUGGCACAUCAGGUUGACUGAGAUUAUUUCUUUGCCUUCUCACCUAAACAUCAGAUAUGAGGACUUUUUCUCAGCACUUCGUCAAUAUGCAGCGUGUGAACAGCGCCUGGGAAAGUAGUGCUCCUUGGUUGCACAAUUUGAUGUCAGGCUUUUGGAGAAAAGGACCCAAGUGACUCUGAUGUUUACAAAGCACCUAUGAAACCCUAUACACACCUAGUUCAUAAUCCUCAUAAUUUAUCAACAAACACAAAAAAGUGUCUUACUUGAGACUAAGUAUGUAUGAGUGUAUAUGUGUGUGUAUGUAUGUGUGUAUGGAAAUAAACUUAAAAAUGGGAAGUAUUGGAGAAGGAAAUACAUGAACUUGCACAUUUGAGCAAAUAGCAGUAAUAUAAGAGCUGAAAUUUCAGCUUUAAAGGCUUCAGCCCCAACUACUUCCCUGUUUUUGUAGGGAGAGGAGUGGAUGUUUAGAGCUGUUAGUUUAUUAUUUGGGGGGCGGGAAUCAGUUUUUUUCUUUUUCAGUCUCUCCUGGUGACCAAACUUUAAUUUUUAAGAAUAAUAUAUUGACUAAUUAAACAGAAGCAUUCUAAGUUUGAGGGAUUUCCAGAGGAAUGGAGUUCUGCGUUGCUCACAUGUUAAAAAUUUGCUCACCAUUGGAGCGGAGGGAAUACCUGUUUUCAGAUAAUCCGUCCAUUUUCAUCUCAUCAUUGUCAAACUGUGACUUGAGAGUAUUGAUCUGUUGUCUUUGUUCCGGGUUGUGAGGAUCAUUUGAAAAAGAACUCUUACAACAUUGAAAGGCAGAAUUAAAAAAAUUUUAUGUAUUAGGCAGUUCAAGAAAGGUGAAGAAGUGGUAACCUUAAAAGUAAAGGUGAAAAGUUUCCUAAAAAAGGAAAGAAGGUUUGGAUUUUCUUCUUUGUUUGGUGCGCAGUGUGCUACAUAGUAUCCAAAGCUGGUUAAAAAAAUAUUGCCAUUAACUAUGUUUAUUUAAAAUAAACAUUUGAGGGAAGUUACAAGGCAGCUCUUUUCCCCACAAGUAACCUGUUCCUCUCUGGAAUAGCACAUUUAGGACCACGUCAGUACGCAGGACUUUUACUCAGUAAAUCCCGAUGGUGACUGUGUAUAACAGAUCUUUAAGUAAGAUUGAGGUCUGUGUAGGUAAUAAAACAUCACCAAAGUCUACAAAAGUAAAUUUUACAUGUUCUCUUUCAUGACAGAGAACAGCACUGGUUCUGUUAUUUUUUAAAUGAAUAAUUUUUUGAUAGGUGUUUCAUAUUUCCCUCACUGACGAUCCUUGGACAGAAACCAUUCUUUAUAUUUGGACAGUUUUCAGAAAAAUCUUACCAACGAGUAUAUAAUAGUUAUCUAAAAUUGUACAUUUAGAAUGGGGAAGUUUAAAUACAGGUCUCAGAAGUCUGCAAAAUAGAAGAGAAGACUGGAUUUGUAAAGUGAGAUCUGGAAUUGCCUUUCAGAUUAAAAAGGUAUAAAGAAUAAAUGUUUCAAUUUUGGAUUACAAAACCCCACUUAAGAUUUUCAAAAUAUACUUGAAAUAAAAUGAUUAAACUAAAUUUUGGUUUAGUGACACUACUUUCCGAUUCAUAGUUCCUUAUACACUGUAAGACUUUUUUUUUUUUUUUUAAAGUCAGCUUAUUGCUAAGAGUUUUGUGUGAAGCUGUAGCAUGUCUCUAAGCUUUACCAGAGAAUUUUUGACUUCCGUUCCCCUGUACUGUGGUCCAUAUUCUGUUGAGGCUUUCUUUGGCCUUAGUUUAAGACUGAAUUUAUGCUUUUUAUAAAUGUUGUCUUUUUUAAACAUUCUGGAAUAUGUAUAGCUUUAAUGAAUAAAAUUUAAUGGGCCCAACUGAAAUGAUUUAAUAUUUGUAAAAUGAAAUUAGUCAAAUAAAUUACCCACUGGAAUAUAGCCUAAGUCAUUAAAGGUUUAAUAGUUGUCUUUGUCCUUUAUUUCCUUCCAUUUUAUAGCAGUGUAGUGUUAUACAUCAGAGUAAAUCUAUAGCCUGGAACCUGAGUCUAUUAUAGGCCUAGGGAGAGUCCCUUAAAAUAAGUCACUAAAGAUUCUGAAUUCAGGUGGAGGCAUUCCAGAUGCUUCUCAUGUGCUCAACUACUAGUACAAUCUCCACAGCUUGAAUGGCAUUGGUCAUUCUGUAAUUCCUGCCAAAAUUAUCACUAGUUAGGCAUUUUUGGAGCUCCCUUUGUACUCCCAAGAAGUAGUAAUUUUAAAGUGUUCUUUUUAUGUCUGUUGGAGGAUAUUUAAGUUGUUUCUCCUUGACACUCCCCCACAAUGGAGAAGUUACCAGAUUAAACCUACAUUAUAAAUGGCAUCUUGGAGCAUAGCAAGAAGUCGGAGAGGGUUGGAAUUCCAGUCCCAAUUCUGGUUUGGUUUUGUUUCUUAAAAAUUGUUACUAUUGUAGAGUUUGAAAGCUGGUUUUGAUGUGAAUAGCAAGGUGCGGUAUAUUGUUCCUAAGGCCUAACAAUGCCUGUUAAAAGAGAGUUGUUGGUCAGUGCCAAAUACACUGUGCACAUAUCUACAAAUUAAUCUUUGAAUGUAUGUUACUUGACACCUCCCUCCUGUUGUGUGUUGACACCAUGUAGAGUCAAGUCCUUGUGAUGUCCUGUAUGGCUGUAGACUUGGGUGACAUGUAAAUAAUGUGUAAAGCAAGUUUUUAUGAUUAAGGAAACAAAUUUAUUGAAUUUUAUGAUUGAAAUUUGAAACUUAACAUGUAUGAACAAAAACAAUAAAAGAAUAUACUCUUUUCAUGGACUAUAGUAUUAUCUGAAUGCUACAUUUAUUCUAAACAUUUAGGACUUGCAGAAAUGUAAUGAGAAACUGCUAAGACUGGAUAGCAAUACUAUUUUUUUAGAUGAUAUGUUCUUGAUUGAAAUAUAUUCUCAUUUCUCCCAGGUUAUACAUUUGGAAUCUUACGAUGUUAUUUGAUUUUUGCUAUAUAACAGCGAUAUAAAAUUCAUCUUUACCAUUGCUAGAAUUGUCAAAAUUCCACCGUAAUUAAAAUCAGAAUUGAUUUUUACUGAAUGUAGAAUGCCAAAUUUAAAAUGUAUAUGUGUAUCUUUUAAAAAGAAACUUGACAGUUUCUGUCGAACCAGAAAAUAGAAGGUUAAGUGCUAUCAUGUGUCAUACAUAGCAUAGAGUUUCAUUUUCCGACUUGACAAUGUAAUUAUAAGAUGGCUUUUAUGUGUAAUUUUCAUCUGAAAUCAAAUUCUUCAAAGAUCACAUUUUAACUUUGGUUAAUAGGAAAUCCUUUCACAAAAAGUAGUGUAGGAAAAGCUCAGGAUAGUUUGAAAUACCCCAGGAAACAGAUUAGUAUCAGCGGUUUUCCGAGAAUCCUAGUUGAUAAAACUGGUGGGAGGGGGGUGCAAAAAGAAUUUGCUUAAGGUUUAAAAACCCUAAUUUAUUGUAGGGGGGAAAAAAUGAAAACAUUUGGGGACCUGAAAAAAAAUAACUCAAAAUACCAUCGUUCAUUGAUUACGUUUUUGGUGACAAUCCUAGAAUUCUUUUGUACUUAUAUUUAAAAAAAAAAAAAUGGAUGCUACUGUAACAGGUU